AUGGGGAUUUUCAUUCAACAUCAGAAUACUCCCAUUGUCAAGGCCAACAACUGGAACAUCACAUGCACCCUCCUCACUUCCCUAUUGCUUUGCUUUCUGUGCUCCUUCUUAUUCAUUGGAAAGCCUGGGAAGGUGACCUGCCUUCUCCGUCAAACAAUAUUUGGAAUCAUCUUCUCCCUCGCUGUUUCUUGUGUGUUGGCUAAAACCAUUAUUGUGGUUCUGGCCUUCAUGGUCACCAAGCCAGGAAACAAGAUAAGGAAAUGGGUAGGAAAGAGGCUGGCAGUCUCAGUCAUCAUCCUCUGUACUCUUAUUCAAACUGGCAUCUGCACAGUGUGGUUGGGAACAUCUUCUCCUUUCCCAGAGUUUGAUAUGCAUUCCCAGUCUGAACAGAUCAUUGUGACAUGCAAUGAAGGAUCAGCCCUCAUGUUUUAUAUUGUUCUUGGUGACAUGUGGCUUCUGGCCAUCCUCACCUUCAUUGUGGCUUUCUUUGCCAGAAAAUUGCCUGAUACUUUUAAUGAAGCCAAACUCAUCACCUUCAGCAUGUUAGUGUUCUGCAGUGUUUGGUUAUCCUUUGUCCCAACCUACCUGAGCACCAAAGGGAAAUACAUGGUGGCUGUGGAGAUCUUCUCUAUUUUGGCCUCUAGUGCUGGAUUGCUGGGUUGUAUCUUCAUACCCAAAUUCUACAUUAUUGUAUUGAGACCUGACCUGAACACCAGGGAUCAGCUCAAAAGGAAAAAGAAGUAUGAUAUCUAA